AUGGUACACCAGCUAUACAAAGCUACUACCAAGAUCGGGGCUGGCACGAAAGUACUGGCGGGUAAGGCAAUAGAUGCCGAGGAAGGGGGAAACCCCGUGGUAGUGGAAAGCCUGAGGGACAGGAUCAAAGAGCUGGAGAACCAGGUGCUCCAGCUGAAGUCCCUGCUCGCGCAAAAGACGCAAUCAGAGGGGGUUGCGUCCACGAGGAAGCGGAAGAUCCAGAGGGUGGCGGAUACAUCCUCUGACGACGAGGGGGUGCGCACCGCACGGCCGAGCCCACCGCAACCUGAGGUGGAGCGGAUGGACGUGCAGACGGAAGCGAGAGCGGUAGAGGAGCGCGUGCCGCACACCGUGGCGCUAAGACCGGCGCUGCGGGGAAAGGAGAAGGAGCUCGAAGGGGCCUCAGAAAGUAAGGCCCUUGAGAAAGCCAGGAAGGUCCUGAAAGGGAUCUCCGUAGAGGAGAUGCUGACGGGAGAUGCAAAAACCGUCAAGCAGAAUAUCGCGAACCUAGUGACGAGGUGCGAGGGCGCCAUAGCGAUAUUCCCUCCAGCUGGAGGAAAAACAGUUGUCGCCAAUCAACCUAAAGUAGCCCCGAGUAGCCAACAGGCAAAAGGGGUUAUGAGAAAGGGAGAGACGAAGGGCCAGGGGAGUAAGAACGCCCAGCCUAAAACAACGAAAGCGCCGGCAAAGGCUAAAGCGGCGGGGAACGUCCAGAAGCCGCAGACCAAAACCGGCGGAGAGGUCCGACCGACUAAGUCGGCGGACAGAUCUAGAGAGGAGGCCCGGGUCAGUACGAGGCAGAGAUCGAGGUCCAGAUCAAAGUCUCAAGGCACCUGGGUCGAAGUGGCCAAACGAGGCCUCCGCAAGAAGAGUGACGCAGGACCAAAGGGGACGGCGCCCAAGGACAAUCCGACUGCCCCAGAGAAGAAGGCGCCAAAGAAGACUGGCGGCCAAAGGAACCCCAGGACGCAAGCGGUCACGCUGACGUGCCCCCCGGAGACCUACGCGGAAGGGAUGCGACUCGUCAAGUCCCAAAUAAAUCUCGAGGAACUGGGGAUAGACACUCUCAGACCCAGGAGAGCCCAAACAGGGGCGAUUAUUCUCGAGAUAUCGGGCGAGAAUGCCAAAGAAAAAGCGGAUUCUCUGGCCGAUAAGAUGAGAGCGGUCAUUGGAGAUCGAGAAGGCGUCAAGGUCACGCGUCCUGCCAAAAUGGCAGAGUUACGAAUUCGCGAUCUGGACGACUCCGUCACGGUGACGGACGUGAAGGAGGCAGUGGCAGAGGCGGGAGGAUGCGCCCCCACGGAAGUCAAGACUGGAGAGGUCAAACCUGCCCCGAAUGGCCUCGGGACCAUCUGGGCCCAAUGCCCGUUGGCGGCUGCAAAGAAGGCAGCUGCCGCGGGUAGGGUAAAGAUUGGUUGGGUGAGAGCAAGGCUGGAGCUACUGGAGAACAGGCCCCUGAUCUGUUUCAGGUGCCUGGAGAGGGGCCACGUCAGGGCCCAGUGCCGUGGAAAGGACAGAAGUGAAAUCUGUUGUAGAUGUGGGGAAGCCGGGCACAAGGCCUCAACGUGCCGUGCCGAGCCCAAAUGCCCGGUAUGCUCGGAGAAAGGGCUCCCGGCAAACCAUAAAGCCGGGAACAAGGCUUGCCCACUGCCUUCGAAGAAGGCCGCGAAACAGAGGAGGCGCAUGGAGGAUCGGCAGCAGGCGAUACCGCAGACCCCGCGGAGCCAGGCUGGCGGGAAACAUACGCACCAAGAAGCCAUGGAGGUAGACGCCCCCCUGGCGGAGAUGAACACCCCGGCCACGCUCGAGCGAAGGCAACCCAGGGCUGGGACCAGUAUACCAAGAGAGGGAGAGGGCCAGGAGGGGGCCAGCACGGCUUCGCCUUCACCCCAAUGA